GCGUAGGAUCAGUGAGUGAUUCGACUGCUCGAAGAGAAUUUGUUUUCUUUAGAACUCAAUUAAUUAAAAAAAAUAUAUAUAUAAUAAAUUAUUUUAAACAAGUGAUAAUUAUCUUAAACAAGUGAUAAUAUAUUUUUUUAAAUUUUUAAUUAAAAACAGUGAAUUUCGCGAAUUUUUUGUGUAUUAAAAAUAACAAGAUGAUUUUUAAAUAUAAAAAUAUUGAACAAAGAUACAGCGAUCUGAUUUUUACGUUUAUUGAACUUUGUUUUUUCAUAGAACUGAUGAGCCAAAAUAUUUGCGCAUAUCCCUAUAAAAAUUAUCAAAAUGAUACACAAGUUGAUUUUGAAAGUAAAAAAGGAACAAGGAUAGAAAGAUACGCUUCAAAUUAUGAAGAUAGUAAUGCAUCAUUCAAAAUUUUGUCAAGAAAUCAAGAAAAAGAAAGUUUAUCAUGGGAAAGUAUGUUAUCAGAUGCUCAAAUUGUUUUUCCUGACGAUCAAAAAGAAGUACCUUCUUGUAGAGGAUCUACUUUUUGCGAAAAAGUAGACUCUUAUCCUGAAGAUGUUGUAAAUAUUGCGAUUCAAAGAAACGAAAGUAUUAAAUACUUGGCUACUGUAGAUAUAUUAUCUGAUAUAUCACAGAGGAUCGAUUUCAUGGACGACAGCCCUCUUUGUCAGUCUAAUGAGCGAGUUGUAUUUCCUAAAUCAGCAAAAAAUAAAGAUAGGGAAUGGAAAUAUGUUGCGAAUCAAGAAAAUUUUAAACAGGGUGUACGAGUUGAAGUGUGUCAAAAAGAAGACACAUGUAACGUAAUAGGAAAUCUUCCUUUAGGUUACAAAUCAAUUUGUAAACAAAAAUUCAUUCAAAGAGAACUUUUAUCUGUAUCGUCAAACGGCUCGAUGUCUCCAGAUACUUUCCUAUUUCCAUCAAGUUGUUGUUGCCAUGUAACAUUUACUACAAAUACACGAAUGGGUUUUAACAGGCAAAGUCAAGUUAGAUCUGUUCGUGAAUCACGUCAGAGACGCAAACGCGAUGAAAUAUUACCUUUUAAUGGAGCAAUUAAUGUAAAGUAAUUGUCACUUGAUAGUCAUUUCUGAUAUAAUUGUUUCGGGAAUAAAAUCAAAUUUUAAAUUUUUUAUGGAUAUCUAAUACUUGAUUAGUCUGCUAAAUAAUUAAAAAAAAAAUUAUUUAUAUUAAUAUUAUAAAAAUGCAAAAGAAAAAUUAAUCCUUAAUCAAUUUCAUUUUAAUAUUGAUAGAGAUUUUUUAAUAAUUAUAAAAAUAUGAAAAUAUAUUUAUUAUUAAAAUCAUUAUCAUCAAUAUAUAUCAUUAUUAAAAAAAUAAAUAAAUUAAUAACAAAUAAACAAAAAAACAAAUUAUAAAUAUAAAGCAUUCCAAGUUAAAGUACAACAUUAUAACAUAUAUAAUUUUUAUAUAUAGAAUAUUAAUACCAUAUUUUCUUUUCUAUAAAUUUUCCUUUCCUAUUUUUAUCGUGUAAAAAUUAAAACUUAAAAAAAUAUAUAGAGCUUAAAUCAUCUUUUAAUCUUUAAAUUUUAAAAUAUUUUUAAUAUAAUAUAUAAUAUAAUAUACAUGUAUGUAUGUAUAUGUUUUGUGUGAAUGCACGCGCACGCAUGCAUCAAUAUAUAUAAUUUAAUUUAAUAUGAUAAAAAAAUAUAAAACAUUUCAUAGAAAUUUCAUAGAAAUAUUGAUUAACUAAAGCUAAUAAAUUUGAA